UGAUAAUUGAUGUACCUACCUAUGUGCUAGUGGCUACUGCCUGUCGAAGUGUUGAGCUCUGCGACAAAAUAAUAAAAUAAAAAGUGCAAUCUUCAAAUAAAGUUAAUAUAUACGUUUUAGAAUGAAAAUACAAUUUUAAACUUUUUUCUAUUUAAAUCGUGGUACACCGACUGUCCUUCAAAGAGUUAAAAUGUAUUAUUCAACACAUUUAAAAAUAUUAUCAUAUGUGUCUCCGAAAACUAGAUCAUAGCUUUGAUAUUUUUGGUGUACUGCUAUUUUUGUCCGCUCUACAUUUAGUGCAUUGAAGCAAUUACAUGUCAUUUAUUAUGAAAAAUAGAUAAAUAGACUUAACAGCUAGCCAAUUCCAGUGAGUGUAAUGGUUAUAAUGUCGUGUGUUGGCAUGGGCGAUGGACUGAGGGACCGGCUCCCUGGACUAUGGAGACGCAUUGAGGAUGCGCACUACAGUUAUCUGGAGACCGAUGACAGCCCAGAGAAACUGCAGCAAAAGAAUAAACUGGAAGGAUACAUAACGGACUACUUAUCUCUGGUGCCCCACGAAUGCAAGUUCGGUCUUUCGGAGACUGGCAAGGUGUUCCAGCGUACCAUCAACGAGUCGUCGGAGUACAGCGCGUAUCGGGCCAGUAUCGGUUGGGCAGCGGUGGCAAGAUAUGCUGGAAACUUAUUGGCACAACCCUGGCGGAAGGAGUAUAGGGUUAUUAGGUUGUACUCCGGUUUCUUCAAACACGAGGUGGAAGCGAAUAUGGUAGGAGCUGAGACGUUGCUUCAGGCAAUGGGCUACCGGCCCGUGGGCGCCGGCCGACUCGCGCUCGACGGACCCAUCUGUCCAGACAUGGCCGCCGCCAUAUCCCGGGACGCGCUCAUAGCACAGUGCGAGUGUCACAUUAUGGCCCAAAUAUGGGAGAGUGUGUGGGGCAACGGCGGUCGUGUUUCGUGGAGUGACAUCGCCCGGGACCGAACCUCGUACCCGUCUGACGUCAACGCGGCGGCCACCAGACUCAUUGGCUAUUCGGGAGAAGCGGAAAUAUACUCAAACCUACCCACGCCUUCGGAGUCGCAUCGAACUAUUAUGAACAGCUACCCUCAACAAUGCAACUGUCCAGAUGAACCCAUACAACCAAUCAUGAACCCUUACAUCAUGCCGAAUAUGAUACCCCCCCACAUGUUGUACCCUGUAAACCCAGAAAUGUCUCAUCAAUGCAACGCGGUACCCAUGAUACCCCAAUAUGGCGUGCCUUGCUACUACCCCGUGCAGGCACCAUACAUGAUACCUACGCCUGUUUAUACGCCCAUCAAACAUGCCACAAAUGUCCCCAUUAAUGGUUACCCACAAAUACCACACUGCAGGUAUCCCUCAGUACCGACAGGGCAACUCAUAGAAAUUGACGCACCUUACGAAAAUGGCAGACAUGAAAGGAAAGACGAAAAAAGGCAUAGACUAAAAGAUACUCAUAGACAUAAAUCUGGAUACAGCGAUGUGUCUUUGCCAAGUAUAGCUCGGUCUGACACACAGCCUGCACUCAGUAAAGCCAAGGAAGAUGGUAUGGGUACAUAUGAAAGCUGGGACUACGUUUUCAGAAACUUAUCCAAAAAGAAUGAGGCUGAUAACAGAAGCGGGUUCUCGCAAUCGUUGGACCGAGAUUCGAGGACGCUAGAUAGAAUAGAAAGAGAAGAAAGAAGAAGUAAAUACCAACCGACAACACUAGAUCUUGAAGACGGUUUGCAAGCCUUGAACCUUGACAGAUCAUAUGAUGAAGAGAUGUAUCGAACAGCAAAAGUAAAUGAGAACUUGAUGAAGCUGAAACAAGAGCAGGAAAUGAAAAGAGCGAGGCAGAUAGCUAAGAAGCAAGAAGAAAAGAAAGUCAGGAAAGUUGAACCAAUCGGUCAUCCCAGCGCAGACGGGUUGGUAACACCUAAAGUAGCUCCUGACAAGGUUAAACUGUUGACAAAGAAAGAUAUUAAAGACAGGAAAGACAUAAUAAAAGUGCAGAGUUCAGUGAAUGGGCAGGUGUCGAGUAGUGAGGUGAAAAAAAUUAAAAAAGUGAAUAAGUUGGUGGCAUCUGAUUUGGAUAAGCAGCGAGAGAUUGACAGACGAAGCAAACCAAUCGAAAACGGAGUACAUAAAGCGCAAACAUCAAUACAGACGCCUGGUCCAAGUACCCAGUCGUAUGAUCUCAAAGCCCAACUAAUAGUAUCACUUGACGAGCCCGACUCGCGAUCACCGCCGAAAAUAGCCGAACGAGAGAAAGAGAAGGAGUUGAAAAGAGACAAGUGGCAAUGUAGUACGUGUACUUAUUUGAACAGGGACGCUCUUCAAGCGUGCGAAAUGUGCGGGAAGUCGAAACGAGGCCCGGAAAUAGAGCCUCUGACGUCAGGGGGGAGGGAAUGCCCCGCCUGUACCCUCGUGAAUAGGAGAGAGGCAAGAGUGUGCGACGCGUGCGGCACUAGCCUGCAACAUUGCCCGACUUAUAUAUAGUAGACCUAAUCUCUGUAUAUUUAAAGUUGAUUUUUGUUUGCAAAUGCAUUAUUAUUCUGGUCUAAAUAUAUUUAAUACUAAUUGUUGUAAUAAAUGCCUUAUAUUCUUACACUUAGGGCGUAGUUUCGUGUGUAGAUGUGUUACACAGUGAUCUGCAUAAGUUAGGUAAUAUAAAAGGACUCGUUGGUCUGCAAAAUUUACCGAAUAUAAUAUAUGUAGAAUCUAUUGUUAAUUUUAGGGUCAAUUUUUGUUUGGCAAUAUUGCCAAUACUGCUAUAUAGCAGCAAAUUUAAAUCUUAUAAAUAGACAAGAAUUCCUUUUUCGCAAUAUCGUAUCACAAAUGUGUAUUAUGUGCAAAAUUCCAUAGAAAUCUAAACAAGAAAGUAAUAGAAAUGUUAUUAGUGGCAUCUAGCACUAGGUAUUCCUUAGAGUUUGACCGUUGCCGAUGUACACACAUACAUUACAUUGCUAUGUACGCUUGCAACGCCCCAGAUAUUCAAGGUCUUAAUGGGGAAUACUCAGGGAUUUAAUUUAGAAUCCCAUAGUGAAGAAUGAUUAUCCCAUAUAUUUCAUAUACUCAAUUAUGUAUAUAUUUCAUUUAAAAAAAAACUAGUAAUUUUGUAAAAAAAAUGUAAUAUUAUAUCUACCGGGCAAAUGAGAUUUAACAUCUUAUGCCUCAAGGUAAUGAGCGCAAUUGUAGUGCGGCUCUGAAUUUUUGGGGCUUUCAAGAAUCCUGAGCGGCACUGCAUCUUAAUGGGCUGGGCGUAUCAUUUACUAUCAGAUGAAUGUCCUGCUCGUCUCGUCCCUUAUUGCCAUAAAAAAAUUGAUUGGUGCAGUUGCAGGUUGUGGAAAUAAUUGCUGCAGUUAGAUAGACUGAAAUACUUGUGGACCCGUCAGACGUUGUCCUGUACACAAGUCUUAAAUUUGAAUAAUCGGUCCAGCCGUUAGGAGGAGUUCACUACCAUACACAUGAGCAGGAGAAUUAUAUUAUAUGGACGGAAUUGAGAAUCUAAACCAAUCUCAAUUUCACUAGAACACACCAAACAAUCAUCAAAAUCGGUCCAGUCGCUUAGAAGGUAGUUCAAUUGUGAAUCUAAACCAUUCUCGAAUCUACCUGAAGAUACACACCAAUCUCAAUUUCACUGGAACAUACCAAAAAAUCAUCAAAAUCGGUCCAGUCGCUUAGGAGGUAGUUUAAUUGUGAAUCUAAACCAUUCUCGAAUCCACCUGAAGACACACACCAAUCUCAAUUUCACUGGAACAUACAAAAAAAUCAUCAAAAUCGGUCCAGUCGUUUAGGAGGUAGUUCAAUUGUGAAUCUUACCAUUCUCGAAUCUAUCUGAAGACACACAGAAAGUUUCAUUAAAAUCGGUGCAGCCGUUUAUGUGGAGUGGAGUACACAAAAGAAAUAUAUAUCUAUCAAGAUAUCAACAUGUUUUUUUUAUGAUUGCCAGUGCGAAUAAUUCUAAAGCACUACUUAUAUACAUACAUGUUUUACGCGCCUUUGUCACUUCUAGAACAUUCUUAUUUAGAUUUCUAUGGUACAUACCUCUUUGUACUUACUAUACUAAAUACCAAUCUCUGGCCUACAGUGUUUGAAUGAAAAUACUGUAUUUUUAGCGUGUAACGAUGUUACGCGGGGUGAUGUAACAUAUUAUUUAUAUUCAUAUAAAAUUGUGGUUAAUGAAAUGUGUUUUACCUAUAAAAUUGAAAUAUUUUUAUACAAAGUUUCAUUUAAAUACUUGUGUGAAUACAUAAAAAAAUAGAAGUAUUACGUGCCUACAUAAGUUAAAAUUAUUAAAAUACCUAACGUAUUCUAUUUAAUGCCUUAUUGGUUUACAUUAACGUUGAUGUUUCAUUGGCUUUGAUGUUACACCACGGAAUAUAAAAUAUAAGUAACUAGAAGUACCAAGCAGCUUUCCUGUGUGUGCCAUAGUACAAAAUUACACCAUAUUUUAAAUUUCUUAAUAACGAAAACGCGGGUCUGGUAUUAUUCUAUUAUUAUGAUGUCAGUUCGUUAUCGAAACAAAAUGCGCUGCAGUGUCAUACUUGUUACCUUACUUACUUACCUUUACACACCUUUAUGGACCUCACACUCUCUUACAAUAAAAAAAAAACAAGUUUUUCGUUACAAAAUCACUCUAUUCGUAGUUUAUGCAUAAUGAAAAUUAUUUUUUAAUUCAGUUGCUCAAAAAGUGGCGUAUUGCAGGGACGUAUAGCGAUCGGGAUGUGGACUGAUUACAUACUCGAGUUUUUUAUUUUCCGAACUCGUGCGUUCUCUUUCCCAACUGUCAAAAUAAUGUCUAUUAAAAAUAAAAAACCAACCACAAAAUUUUUACAAAAAAAAAAUUCAUAGAAGUUUUUAUGAUUCAUGCAAAUAUUUCUAAAAAGAAGCUACUAAUUUGUUUCGAUAUCAGAUUUAAUGAUUUGAUUCAAUGAGUUAGGUUAGGUUUCAUUUCACCUCAUUAAAUUUCAUUUUCAUUUAAUAUCAAUAAAAAAAUCUACUGAAGACUUGGCUGUAUGGGCAUAGUUGCCUACCCUGGGUGAAGAAAACAAAAAAAAAUCUCUGCUUAUAUUCUUUUACGGUUGGUGCCAUUUUCCAUGUUUAGUUAGUUGAGUUUAUAAUAAUAAUAAUAUAAGCCUUUAUUCAGACAAGUUAUACAAAGUGUUUUACUUAACCUAGAAUAUUUAUAUUUUAAAUGAAAUUUAAACUCCCUCAACAACCUUGUCUGUUUGCCUAUUGUGGGCAAAGACCUCCUCCAAUUUCCUCCAUAAAUUUUAGUUGAGUUUAGUAUGUUUUUAUUAUUCUAUUGAACUGCUUCAUUUUUUCGCAACUGUAUUAAAAGUAGUAGUUCAGUACACGUAAACUUGUUCCGACUGUCAACCCUCACCUGCGGUUGCGCCUCGGCUCGGGUAGGCAUUUGUCGGAACUCUUUGCAAUGACAGGCUUUCCGCACUCGAAAUGAAAUAUAGUAUUCUACUUUUUAGUUUGGUUUCCCAUAAAAGCGUGUUGUUAAGUUUUUUUUGUAACUUUUAUUUAUAUUUGAUAGUCUUAAUAAAAGGCUAAAGACGCAUUUAUAAUGAAUACUAGCGAUUUAUAUUAUCAUCGUUCUCUUUGUACUGCAAAAUAUAUAUACAUUUAAAUUUAAAUUUUGUAUUCCGUGUGUUAGUUCGUAAUAGAUCUGCGUUACUUCUGUCACGAGUAGAGGCAAUUGCGGUCAUUGACCUUUUACUACCUGUCUCUGUCGCUCGCGUCCGGAGUAUUUAUUGCUUCCCGAACGCCUUGUAUUAAUUUUAAUUAUUAUUUUUUAUUUUAUACAUUUGUUUGUUUAAAGCUGGAAUUGGUUUUUCUUUGUAUUUUAUUGUAUUCCGCUGAUUUUUUUUGAUGAAACACGUUGCUUUUAUGUUUUUUAUUAGCUUAUGUAUUAUUGAUAUUAAUUUAUUAUUUUUCAUCCAACAACUACGAAAUGUAUUAUACAUUUAAGAAAGUCUCUUCAAAGUCGAACUAAAUUUAAUUCAGUGUAUAUAUAUAUAUAAUAAACGCGAUAAUGAGCUUAGAGUUUUCAGGAUAUUAUUAUUGUAGAUUAAAUAUUAGAUAGAUAUAUUGUUUUGUAAAUAUUAGAUAUUUCGAUGUUUAAUAUUAUGAUUAAAAAUAUUUAUUUUUAUAAAAUAACGUUAACUUGAUGUAUUUGAUUAUGUUUUCGAAGAGACGAUUGGAAAACGAUAUUUUAGCAUACCCUUUUGCCUAUUUAAAUUUUUAAACAGUUAAUAUAUUCGUGAGAUAUAUCAUCUCAUGGGUCUGUAUAAUAUAUACUUUGUAUAUGUGUGUAGUAUGGCGCAGUGCGAUGUAAUCGCCGUUGUAUCGCAGUUAGCUACAUUCUCAGUCAUUUUGUAUAUGCGUUUCGAAUUGAUUCAUACGGUCACUGUUAUGAGUAGAUUUUAUUUAACACAUCCUUCGUUCGCUCUGAUAUUUUCCAUAAAAUGUACUAAAAAAAACUAAAUGCAGCAUUGGGGUCGACUCUUAGAAUCGAUUGCGCCUCGCGUGUUGUGAUAACGAUUGCAUUUUGAUGUAGUUCUUAUACAUACUAUCAUAAUAUAGGUGUUUUUAUACAGGUGGUUUGUUUAAGUUUCGGUAUCUGUGAAAAAAUAUGCGUUAACUAUAAAACGUAUAAAAAUUAAAUUAUUUUGGGCCUUAUGAGGAAGCUCAUUGUCGCUCAGAGGGCAAUGGAGAGGGAAUGGAGAUAUGCUCGGAGUUUCCCUGCGAGAUUGAAUCAGAAAUGAGGAGAUCCGUAGGAGAAUCAAAGUCUUCGACGUAGCCCAAACGAUUGCGAAACUGAAGUGCCAGUGGGCAGAGCACAUAGGUCGACGAAUAGCAGCAGAAAAGUCCUCGAAUGGCGACCACGUACCGGAAGACGCUGUGUUGGUAGGCCCCCCACAAGAUGGACCGACGAUCUGGUCAAGAUCGCCGGAACAUGUUGGACGAGGGUAGCGCAGGAGUGGUCGUCGUGAGGAUCUUUGGGGGAGGCCUUUGUCCAGCAGUGGACGUCUUCCGGCUGAUGAUGAUGAUGAUGAAACAUUCAUACUUGUAAUAGGCAUUUUUAUUUGAUAAUAAUAACUGUUGAUGCCAGUAGAGGCUAAAACCGAUUAUAAUAACGGUCUCUUAUGCGCAGAUGAGCACUAUAGGAGAGCCAAGAGUGUAAUGAUCAAUACACACGUUUCAUGUAAUGUUUUUCAACACAGGGGUGUAACGAAAAAUAAAUUUAUUUUAAGUAUUUAUAGGUAUGUAUUAUCCCAUUUUUGCUUGUAAUAAAUUAAAAAUAUAUUUUGAUGACAAUUGUGAUCGGUUUUUAGGUGUAGUUCGAUUUUCGCCUUUAAUGCUUUAAUCUAAGAGUAGUUAAUUACCUGUAGCAAGCUAAUUUAGGAGGUAAUGAGUAGGUAUAGAUAUGUGGAUAGUUAAAAUUUCUCAGAGUGACUUACAUUAAACAAACAUUUGGCAAAGCAUCUUUAUCUAAGUUAUAAAUUUAUACUGUUAAUUCGAUUCUUAGAAUCUAUCGUUGUUAUUACAAAAAAGUUGAAAACGUGUUGAACACUUGUUUAAAAAAAACUUUUAUUACAAAUCCGUGUAUUUCUGUUGUUUAUCGUCAAUCUUUAGACGUCGCUUAAAUAGUGAGACACUGCUUAACAUUUUUUUUAAUUGUUUAAAUUAUUUUAUAAAUUUAAUAAAAAAAGUUUUAUUCGUUUGUGAUGUCACCACAACGUAUAUCAAUAAUUGAAGAUAAAUGUCACUAACUAAAUAGAAAUAGAUAAAUAAACAAUAAUAAAAAGAGUAUCAUUAGGUAUUAAAAAAAAUUAAAAACCAUUUUUAUGUACCACCAAGCAAUUCAGUUAGUAGAAAACUUUGUAUUUUGUGUUAUGUUGAUGACUAUGGAUGUAGUAUUUUAUUUCCUUUAACAUAGUUGGUUACGGUUGGCAACCCUAGGUAUAAUUGAAAACCGUGUCGAUAAAAUUCGAGCUUUAAUUAAAGUUGAAUAUUUUUCACGACUAUUUAUAAUUCGAAUUUCGUUCCUCAAGUAUAUUUAAAUUAGGUAAGAACUAAAGCACUGAAUAAUUGGAUGUAAUUCCAGAAAAAUAUUCCAAACCACAAUCAUGUCGAAAUUGAGUUAAGAACACAAAACUGGUCUCGUGAUUCAUAUUAACGGACUCACAAAAAAUGGCAGCCCCACUCUUUAAAUGACAUCAUUACUUAGUAGCCCAACCCACAUGUAUGGAAUACACCACGGACUAGUAAAAAAAGAAGGACUCUGCGCCGUGAUUAGCAAGUGAAGCACCUUUAUGCUAGUGUGUGUGCGGUUACGGGGUGUACCAGAAACACAAUUUUUUCUCCUUUAAAUAAUCAUAUAUCCACAAAUACUUUUAUAGUAUUGUUGUUACACUUUUUCACAACGCACGACGGCAUUUUUUAAAUAUUUUAUUGCGACGCAAACUGAUCUGUCACAGACGAUGGCAACUCUCAUAAUGGCGGCCAAUCGGCUUGUAUUAGUGUAAGUGUAUGCCUGGGGCUAUGUAUUUACACGUUUACCGGUUUGUUUUGGUGCCUCACUGUUAUGUAAGUUGAGACGGAGUCCUUCUUAUUUUACUCGUCCGUGGGAUACACUAAUAUUUAUUUAACUCUAAACACGAAUUCCUUAAAAUGUGAUGUUUGUGGCUUGGAACGUUUUUCAGGAACUAGGUCCAAUUAUAUUAGCAGAGAAAAUGUAACACGUGGUGUCACAAUACUUACCGGGCAUCCAUAAAUUACAUGGCACAACUGUCAACCCUUCAUUUUCCCUUGCUUUGUGUCACUCGUGAGUGAUUUAUACCGAAUCAUUCUCCCCCGUACGCUCGUUUGUCCUCCUUUUCCAUAAAAAAACGGUUCGCUAAUAGGCUAUUUCAUGAAAAAGUUUAAUUAUUGUUAUUAUGAAGUAUUAUUUUGAGAGGUGCUUUUGGAUUAGAAUAAUAUCAAACCUUCGUUUACAAAAUCUAGGAUGCGACGUUAUGUUUAGAAUUUUGCGUUUUGACUUCACAAUCCAUUUACCUUUUUCUUAUACAAAAGGGGGCAAUUCUAGAUCAGGGUACUAGAGGCCAAGGCGCUGUCCUUUAAGGUAGGUAAUGUAUGCUCUUAGUUUAAAGGUAAAAGGCCUUUUUACUAUGAAAGGCUAAUUAAUAUACUCGUCGGCUCAUGGCUUAAAGAAACAGAUUUUUUAAUUUGGUUUUCCGACUGUGAUACUACGUUGAAAUUUAUUUGUGUAAUGCCUGAAAUCUCUUAAAUCGUUACUCGUUGUAAAAUUAAAAAAAAAAAGGUUAUUUCACGCACAUGUUUAUAUUAUUUUCUCAGCUAAAAGAGAGCUGAUGUAUUAAGACAUAAAUACGCUCAUAUAUACAUAGUGUUGAUUUGUGUACAUAUUAGACUAGUAAAUUAUUGAAAUAUUUAUAACAAGAGAAGUAUCUAUAGCAUUAUGUUUGUAUGUAAUUCAUAGUCUAAACAUGUUUUUGGUUAAAUAAUGUAAGGGCAAGCUGGGUAAUUGAAAACGAGUAGGUAAGUGAAUUCUCAUAUUCGGUUUACAAUAACAAGAGCCAAAAUAGGUAAUUGAAAAUGGGUAAUUGAAUUUUCAAAAUCUAUUUUCAAUUACAUGAGUCAAACUAGGUAAUUGAAUUUUUAAACUCUGUUUUCAAUAACAAGAGCCAAACUAGGUAAUUGAAAAUACCCAUUUUCAAUUACCUAGAGUCACUAGAUGGAUUAUUCAAAGUUUUCAUUUACAAAAUACAAAUUGUGAUUUGGUUUUCUGGUUGUUUUCAAUUACGCAAAUUAUGGUUAUAUUUAUUGUAAAGCUUCAUGUUAUGUGUUGCUCUUGAUGUAAAUACAGAUAUUAAAGAGAUAAAAAUUCGCA